CUCAGGUGGACGCCUCUGAGGUACGCCGCGGAGGCCUGGUGCUUCUCUGCCAUGGAUGUCCUGGCGGAAGCAGGUGCUGUACUCAGCAAUCCGGGGGUCUUCGCAGAGGCGCCCCACGAUCCUCGGAAGCUGCAGGCCUUGCUCCGGCGGAGGGGAUACUCGGACCUGUUCAACCACGUCUACCAAGUGAAUAAUCCCUCAUGGAAAGGCGGGCAUUUCUAUGGAGAGGUGGAGUUUACCGCAUCCUUGAUCUCUGCUAAUUUGCCAAGAAAGCUGCUCAGGGUGAUGUAUCAAAAAGCUGCGGAAGAAGGCCAUGGGAUGGUUUUAUACUUACUUUCAAAACUAGUGUUCGGAAAACUGGAUGAAAAACAGUCACGCCAGAAGAAGUUGGUGAAACCACUCGCCAUACGUGGUUUUGCAGACCGUUUGAGAAAACGUCUGAUGGGUGGACAGCCAAAGAAAGCAUCUGCAGAGGCGGCUGUGCAGGGAGGGAGUAGUAGCCGCAGCUCCAGUUGUGCCACGGAGGUUCCAGAUUUGGGUGAGGCGAUGCCGCCACAACCGGUGUCUUCAGCAUGCUGUAGUGGCAGUGAGAGGAGAGAAGACAGCACCAGCAGCAGCACCGGCCAUGUCAGAGAGGUUCCAGAUGGGGAUGCCCCACUCCAGCCAGAGGCUGAGGCAGGGUCUUCAGCAGACUCCAGUGGCAGCCGCCAGACAGGUCCAUGGCAAAAGUAGUAGCACAUCGGUUUCUACGCACACAUAUAGAUUUAGAAGCAGAUGUGGCUUAGGUAGACAGGCCUGGUGGUGUAAGACUGUAUUACGUCACUUCCUCUAGUACCAUGGGGUGCAUUUCGUUGCUUGUAGCUAAAAAACCGUUGUGAAAGUGACAUAGAAACGUAGCAACAGCUCGACAGCCCUCCACAUAACGACAGGGAGCGGAUGGAGGACAUUGUGAGGCUGAUUCUGCAGGGCGGAUUGGACAAUGACGUCCAGAACUUGGACGAGGAUACAUCUCUGAUAUGUGUGGUAUAGAGGGGUCAUGUCGAGUGUGUGAGGCUGCUGGAUCUGCCACUGUAGAUCAACAGUAACAGUGUUCCUCUUCCCCUUGCCACCCUCAGUGACGCAAACACCUGCUCGUCUUAAGAUUUGAUUAGCCAGUCAACUGUUCUUUCAUGCAAUCCGGUUACUCAGUUGAAUGAAACUAAACUCUGCAGCCCCAUCAGCUACACAAAUGUUUUUCACACACUUUCCAUGGUUUCAGUCAAUGUGAUACAACCGAGCGAAACAAUUGUUUAAUGGUCAUGUCAGUUAUUUGAAUGUUACAUCAUACACCUGCUUUGAGUAUUUUCAUUUAGAUACUUGUUCAGUCUUCUCGUUUAUUCAUUAGAUUCACAACUUCUUUUACACACUCACAACGUAUCUUACGUCAAAGAGAGAUAAAAAAGGCUACAUUCUUAAAGGUGAAGCAUUUUGCAAAGUCAUUUAUUUAUUUACUUAAAUAUCAAGUUUUUGUACUUCUGAC